UGCGUGUUGAAUGAUGGCGGCUGCGCGGAUUUGAGAUUUAAACAGUAUUUUUUUUUUCCUAUGAAGAAGGACUGGAAUAUAUAUAAUAAACUGACGAAAAAUAAACACGGAAACCGAGUCUUGUUCGCCCGAGCUGGUGCCUUCAGACUCCCCAGCAAUUCCCGGGCUGCUGGAGCCGUCGCUAACACGGCAGAGAGACUUUGGAGAGGGUUCCCCGGGUCAGGGAGCAAGCAGAGGCCGGGAGAGUGGCUUUGAGGCCGGGAGAGACAGGGCUGGGGAGUCGGGGGUGGGAGACCGAGCCCCUGGACUGUUAUCCUGGACCUGUCGGCUGGGUGGUUGUGUUUGUGCCCGCGGGAACUCUAACUGCACAAGGGAGGCCAGGGAAAGCGUGUUUUUAGUCAUGCAUUGAGGAUCAACUACGUGCCAAAGCCCGAAGGAAGGCAAGAGAAAAAACACCGCAAAAACAUCUUUAAGCGUGACACCGUGCAGUAAGAACGCGGGACGUGAACAGACUUACUCCGGGGACCAGGAGUAUUGCACCCGCGUCCCUGCGCAGAUCCGCCCUCUGACUGUGCAGAUCGCUGCUGCUAUCACAGAGACCCCCUAUCACUCUGUGUUAUAUAUCUACAUGUUAAAACACAGCCAGGGUAUUGCAUUACAAGACAAGCCAUAGCGGGGGCCUUGACUGUGCAUGCAACUGGGAUCGCUGGUGUAGCAUAGCGAACAGCACAGAUGUGAACGUGCGUUUAAUCAGGGAAUUUUAUAAAAACAACUCCGUCCUGAAACUAAAGCAGCACCAUAACACUUAUAUGUGUGUGUGUGUGUGUACAUACAUCCUACAUAACACACAUGUCUUUGCAGUUUGAGCACUUUGUUGUCGUUGGGAGUGUGAAACCAUCACUGGACACUGGGAAUUAUAAGACCACUGUAGAUUGUAGUCUUGGCUGAGGCACAGUCAGUCACCUUUUAAGAGAUUCUCGAGAGUGGAUUCUGACCUCAGACCCUUAUAAUGUGAAAGGCUGGCAGGCUUUUUAAAAUGUAGCUGUAGCUGGCUGGGGAUAUGACAAUAACAAGACGCUAUUGCCAGGCUAGGACCAGGGGUUAAGGUAGCAAUCGAGAAUUAAUAAGCAAAGCUGUUUGAAAAAGCUUAACACCGUGCACUGGUAAAGGCGAAUGUGUGGCGCUCUUCUGUGUUUAUAUUGCAAAUGUUUAAACCUAAACGAGUUGUUUCAUUUUUAGGGCACUGGGAAUGUUUUAGUGAAUCUGUGGUACAGGUACAGUAGUAAGUUUAAAAGUCAUGCUUUCAUUUUAGUCCGAAUAAAAUUGUUAAGCUCAGUUCGGGAGGCAGUGCAGGAGGAAGUUUGUCAGUGUUUGAUGAUGUCAUCAAAACAGAAUUGUAUUUAAUGUCAGAUCAGAUCAGAGGGUGGAGGUUUAUCUGUCCGCACAGCUCAGCCGCAUCUGAGUGCAGGUCAUGUUUAUUUUUCUGCUUGCUGGUUUGAUUUUUAAUACCCUGUCUAUUCAAUUUGAAAUAAAAUGAAACUGGAUUUUGCCAGCUUUCUACAGCAUAAGCUGCCAGCUGAUGAGAGACACAUAUAGCCACAUUACCUUCAGCAAAUCAGCCUUUUGGAACACAGCAGCCCAUCAGCAUUAAGGAAUCUAACACACUGCACUGUUUAAUAUCAAGACAAGCUCGCACAAUAAACAAGAUGAUGCAAUUCAUUUAUCUUCAUUGUGUGCCUUAAAGCUUCAUUCAUUUUUAUUUUUUUUGGAUAAACCUGUAAAACUGGAUGUUUCAUGGCAGUCUAGUGUCCGCUCCCCCUUUAGCACACUGCAAAGAGGCCUAACACUGUAGACAGUUAAAUAGACGUGCAAAUUCUGUAGCGUCACCAGUAAACGUUUAAUAAGGAGAGAACUGAAAAAUAAGACCAGGUAUUGCAGUUCUUGUCUGUGGUCUUGGAAGUUUCAGCCUCUCAUUAAAGAUUUUCUAUAAUUUUUUUUUUUUUAUGGACUACUACACAUGGAAAUCAGAAGCCAGGUAUCUUGUUGCUCCCUGGAGGUGUACUUUUGAAGCUUUCUUCCCAGACUCGCUCGCUGCCUUCUUUCCCUGGCAGGCCUUGGAUUGCUAGAGGUGAUUGUGGCUCUUAGCGUUGGCUUGGCAUCUUUCCUUUAUGGGUCAGCAGCCAGGGAAAGUACUCGGGGACCAGAGGAGACCAAGCCUGCCGGCUCUGCCCUUUAUCAAGGGGGUGAAGAGGGAGCCGUCCCGGCAUGGAGCCCAGCACUGCAACGUCUUUGUGGAGCACGAAGCUCUCCAGCGACCAGAUUUCGAGCCCCAGGGUUUGACCGAAGCUGCUCGGUGGAACUCCAAAGAGAAUCUGCUAGCGGGUCCCAGUGAAAAUGACCCCAACCUCUUUGUUGCACUGUAUGACUUUGUAGCUAGCGGGGAUAACACUCUCAGCAUAACCAAAGGUGAAAAGCUCCGUGUUCUGGGUUAUAACCACAAUGGGGAGUGGUGCGAGGCACAGACGAAGAACGGGCAGGGCUGGGUUCCCAGCAACUACAUCACUCCCGUCAACAGCCUGGAGAAGCACUCCUGGUACCACGGGCCCGUCUCCCGCAACGCGGCCGAGUACCUGCUCAGCAGUGGCAUCAACGGCAGCUUCCUGGUGCGGGAGAGCGAGAGCAGCCCAGGGCAGAGGUCCAUCUCGCUGCGCUACGAGGGCCGGGUUUACCACUACCGCAUCAACACCGCCUCCGACAGCAAGCUGUACGUGUCUUCAGAGAGCCGCUUCAACGCGCUGGCAGAGCUGGUGCACCACCACUCCACAGUGGCCGACGGGCUGAUCACCACCCUGCACUACCCGGCGCCCAAGCGCAACAAGCCCACCGUCUACGGGGUCUCCCCCAACUAUGACAAGUGGGAGAUGGAGCGCACGGACAUCACCAUGAAGCACAAGCUGGGAGGCGGGCAGUAUGGGGAGGUGUACGAGGGCGUCUGGAAGAAGUACAACCUCACUGUGGCCGUCAAGACUCUCAAGGAGGACACAAUGGAAGUGGAGGAGUUCUUGAAAGAAGCCGCCGUCAUGAAGGAGAUCAAGCACCCCAAUCUGGUGCAGCUGCUGGGCGUUUGUACACGGGAGCCUCCCUUCUACAUCAUCACAGAGUUCAUGACCCACGGGAACCUGCUGGAUUACCUGCGGGAGUGUAACCGCGAGGAGGUCAACGCGGUGGUGCUGCUCCACAUGGCCACACAGAUCUCCUCUGCCAUGGAGGACCUGGAGAAGAAGAACUUCAUUCACAGGGACCUUGCUGCCAGGAACUGCCUCGUAGGGGAAAACCACUUGGUGAAGGUGGCAGACUUCGGGCUGAGCCGGCUUAUGACGGGGGACACCUACACAGCGCACGCAGGAGCCAAGUUCCCCAUCAAGUGGACUGCUCCAGAGAGCCUGGCCUACAACAAGUUCUCUAUUAAAUCAGACGUAUGGGCUUUCGGGGUCCUGCUUUGGGAGAUCGCCACCUACGGCAUGUCCCCCUAUCCAGGCAUCGACCUGUCUCAGGUGUACGAGCUCCUGGAGAAGGAUUACCGCAUGGAUCGGCCCGAGGGCUGCCCAGAGAAGGUCUAUGAACUCAUGCGGGGAUGUUGGCGGUGGAACCCUGCAGAGCGUCCGUCUUUCGCCGAAAUCCACCAGGAUUUUGAAACGAUGUUUCAGGAAUCCAGCAUUUCCGACGAGGUGGAGAAGGAGCUGGGAAAGAAGGGUAAGAAAGGGCAUGUCGGUUCUGUGCUUCAAGCCCCGGUCCUACCCACCAAAACCAGAACGAUGCGCAGGAACAUGGACAAGGAUGGCGACAGCCCAGAUGCCGCAGAGCCCGAGGUGGCCGUGUCUCCAAUGCUGCCCAGGAAGGAGAGGCCUUUCCUGGACAGCAAUCUGAACGAGGAUGACCGGCUGCUGCCCAAGGACAAGAAGACCAGCCUGUUCAGCACCCUGAUCAAGAAGAAAAAGAAGACGGCCCCGGCACCCCCCAAGCGCAGCAGCUCCUUCCGUGAGAUGGAUGAGCGGCGAGGGGGGCUGGAGACUGGCGACGAAUUCAACAACGGGACCACCUUCAACGACACCCCGGCAGGCGUCGACCCCGGCAAGUUCAACAACAAUGGGGCGAGCAUCCCGAACGGCGUGGCGGCCGUGCCGGGACCCGCGGGGCUCUUCUUUACGCCACGCACUCGGAAGAAAUCCAGCACCUUGGUGUCCAACAUGGGGGGCAGAGCCGCUCCCACCCCAAGCGAGGAGGACCCUGUUUCAAACUCCAAGCGAUUUCUGCGUUCCUGCUCCGCCUCCGCCAUGCCUCCCAGCUCCGACAAAAGCGAGUGGCGGUCUGUCACCCUCCCCCGUGACCUGCAGUCCUCGGCUCGGCACUUCGACUCUGGCACGCUCGGAGGCAGGAAUAGCAAGCCCGCUCUGCCCCGCAAAAGAGCCACCGAGUAUAAAGCGGAGCCUGCCCCCUGUGGGGGGACCCUCACCCCGCCCCCGCGGCUGCCCAAAAAGACAGAGGAGCCGGGGGACGAGGUUUUAAAGGACACAGAAUCCAGUCCCGGCUCCAGCCCUCCUAACCUGACGCCCAAACUCAUCCGCAGGCACGCAGAGGGAACCAAAACCAGCGCCUUGCAGGCGGAACUGAUGCUCAAACCCAACGCCUUUUCGGGUCUCGGCUUGUCCGAGGACUCCAGGAUGAGGAGGGUCAAACAGCCCCCUGAUUACCCGGCCCCAAAGGACAAGGGGAAGCUGCAGAAACCGAAACCGGGACCCCCUCCCCCUCCACCUUCCUCCUCCAAGUCAGGAAAGCUGUCCCGGAGCCCACCCCAGGACACACCCCUUCUUCCUCCAGCAGAGGCCAAAGGCAAAGCUCAGUCUCAGGCCACGGAUUCCUACCCAGAAUCUGGGAAAGCACUGCAGCCCCCCGAGAGCACCAAGAAGCUGAUGCUCCCCAUCGCUCCCAAGCAAGGCAAGUCUUCGACCGCAGGGGGGUCCGUUUCCAACCAGCAGCAGCAGCAGCAGCAGCAGCAGCCAUCGCCGGGCUCCGGCAGUGAACAGCCAUCCCCUACAGCCUUCACCCCACUCAUCUGCACCCGCGUCUCCCUGCGGAAAACCCGGCAGCCCCCCGAGAAGCUCUCCAGCUCGGCCAUCACCCGGGAGACAGUCCUGGAGGGGACGGAGCAGCUGCGGGCCGCCAUCGGACGCAACUCGGAGCAGACGGGCAGCCACGGGGCGGUGCUGGAGGCCGGCAAGAACCUGCUUGGCUACUGCGUCGGCUACGUGGACUCCAUCCAGCAGAUGAGGAACAAGUUUUCCUUCCGGGAGGCCAUCAACAAGCUGGAGGUCAGCCUGAGGGAGCUGCAGAUCUGCCCUGCCAGCUCAGGGGGCCCUUCCUCGGCACAAGACUUCUCCAAACUGCUCUCAUCCGUCAAGGAAAUCGGCGAUAUCGUCCAGAGGUAGCAAAGGAACGAUUUAGUUUAAAAAUUGUAAAAAAUCUUUAAAAAUAAAAAUGUUUUAAUAAUAAUAGCAGUAGCAGUAGUAAUAACAACAAAAAGAAAGCAUGGGAAUGCGGUCUCUGGUGCAGGAAUGAGAUUCGCGAUUGGACCGGCUGAGCUCUGCAGAGGGAAAACAAGGGGAGGGUCUGUGCACAGAAACAGGCGCCUGCUGCUUCAUUUGUUUCACUUUGUUGUUAAUUUUAUUACAGAAGGUUUAAUAUUUCUUGCUCAGCCAUUUCAAAGACUGGCUUGGGCCCGGCUGAGCAUCACUUGAAAUGUCCUGAGAACUGCGCCACAGGUCUGUUGUGUGUGUCUUUUUAAAAAAAAAAAAUGUAUUCCAUUUGCAAGGAGAGUUGCAGAAUGCAAGAUUUGCUGCUGGUUUGCAAGCGGUGUGCCUUCAAACCAGCAAGACAGAAGUCUUGCAAGAAUCAGUUUCUGUGCGAUUUGUUAUUGUUGCCUUUCUCCUGCCUCAUGUCUCUCUCUAGUAGCUUUCCUUCUGCAGUGUGGGGUGGAAAUAAUACCUGUUUGCUUGGGCAGUGAUUGAAGAAAGGGAGGUGGAACAGUGCUGCUUCUGGGUAGGUAGGUGGGGAAAAAGUAACCAGAAGAUGGUCUUUAAUUUCUGUGCACGCUCCUCCCCAGUGCCUUACAACACCUCCAACUGAACCACAAAUGACAUAUCUAGCCAUCCACUAUACUGAGUGACCCUAAAGCUGACAUCUACCAUAAUAAGAACACACUACUGUCCCCUGCACAUUGGAGAAGAACUGAGGACUGUUGUAUUUUUGUGAACACUGCACUGGCCUGGUCUGUGAGAUCAGUGCUAGAGUCGCUGUGCACUGGGGGGGCGACUGUUGAGAGGAACUGUAUAUUUUCUAAAACAAUGUCAGAAGUUACUUUUGCAUUCAGAGGUUCUCUUCCCAGGACUAUCCCUUUUUUUUUUUUUUUUUUUUUUUUUUUAAACUUUGUAAUUGUGUCGUUCGUUUUCAGUAUUAGUUAAUACUCUUUGCGUCACCUCUGCCCUCGCUGACGGCCGUAACUUGGAACACAAAAUACCGCAAGCUGCCUUUAUGUUUAAAUCAUGGUACUGUGUUUUGGGUUUUUGUUUUUAGUAUUUUGGUUUUUGUUUUAUU